UCUUUUAAACUGACACAUCACGAGAUGCAGACAUGAAUACUUAUAGUGUAUUGGUCAUAACACUUUGGUCAAACUUUUAACACAAUUCACAAAUAUGCCAUCAACACCCACCUCCGUCACCACCGCCACCUACACCACCAUCCCGAUCGCCGGCGGUGAUGUCAUCAACCGGUCCGUUCAGAAUCUCUACACCUUCCUUUCCCGAAGUCGACCAUGGCCGGAAUUGAUCGCCGGAGCAAGCGCCGUUGACAUUCCGACAUCCUUCUCCGAUGCUGCAAUUCGCGUCCGUAGGAACUUCAAGUACUUCUCCGUUAACUAUGUCAUUCUCAUCUCUGGUUGCGCAGCUUGUUCACUCAUCGGAACACCAAUUUUAUUGAUUUUCGCCUGUUUGAUUUUUGCGUCGUGGUUGAUUUUUCUCUUCUUCCGGGAGGAUCCUAUGGUUGUUCUAGGGCAUCAAGUUAGCGAUCUAGCUGUGAUUUCCGGUCUAGCGACUGUUUCUGCAAUUGUUGUUUGGUAUACCGGAAUUUUAAACAGUUUGAUGAUUGGUAUAAUGAUGGGUGUUUUGUUGUCAGUGAUUCAUGGAGGUUUGAGGAAUCCAGAAGGAUUGUUUGUUGAUGAAGACGAUGCCGUUUCUACUGGAUUGAUUUCAAAUGCUGAAAGAGGAUCAUCUUGAUCAUUACACUGACUCACCAACAUUAUCUGAUUCUUCUUUAGUUUUUUUUGUGUUUUUGUUGAUUGAGAGUUGUGUGAAUUACUGAAUUAAAGAAAGAAGAUGCUAAAAGAUUUGAUUUUUUUGGUUGGCUGUUGAUUUUUUUAAUCCGGAUAAGUUCUGCGUACAUUGUAUCCUUUCAUGCUCACUUGUGGGACUAUACUGGGUAUGUAGUUGUUGUUGAUUGUGAGAGUGAAUUUACUGAGUGUUUUGGUUUUUGUAUGUAAGGAAGAGAUGUUGCUGGUUCCAAAAGUUUACAGGAAAACCUGUUGUUACUGAUCUUGUUCCUUCUUUGACAAUUGUUUCAAUGAAUUUGUUCGAAUUCGCGUUGUUUCUCCUCUGAUGAGCUGAGAAACUAAACUUGAAGAUAAUUUUAUUUUAUUUU